GACUCCUCGGUGUGUCUCAUCACGGAGGAACCGUUCUACGCUCUGUUCUCCUCGCUCGGGUCCUUCUACUUCCCGCUCUUCAUCAUCCUCUUCAUGUACUUCCGGGUCUACGUGGUGGCCAAGCGCACCACCAGGAACCUGGAGGCCGGCGUGAUGCAGGAGCGCCAGGCGGGGUCUCAGGAACUCACGCUGAGGAUCCACUGCAGGAACCAGAACCAGAGCCAGAGCCAGAACCAGAGCCAGAACCAGGAUCCGGGUCGCAGCGCUCUGAGCCUCAAACUGAUGAAGUUCUCCAGAGAGAAGAAGGCGGCGAAGACUCUGGGCGUGGUGGUGGGGAUGUUCGUCCUCUGCUGGCUGCCCUUCUUCCUCGCCCUGCCCCUCG